AUGCCACAGGAUCGCUUUGAGGUUCAAGCGGUGUGCGCGGAUGGGUCCGCAGCAAUUGACCGGCUUGGCUUUUAUCUGCUGCGCGAGACACCCCUACCCGCACCUGGCGGCCCGUUGCCGAGCGGCGAUCGGAGCGCUCAGAGGCGGGAGGAGGAGUUUUGGAUAAGCCGUAUUUGCUGCUACAUGCGGCUCUCGCUCGAGUUGGAGCGACAUCAACGCACAGUGGGCGACUGUGAAGGCCGCAUUGUGGAGGAGCAGGCGGCGCUUGAACAGGCGCAGUGGCGCGUAUAUCGUCAAAUGCAGCACCGCAUGUAUCGUUUUGGCGGCCUCCAGCAUGAAAGUUUGCGCCGCUUUCUGUGGGGUUUUUUGACUGGGUCGUUGCAACGCUCGGAGAGUGUGGUGCGGGCCCACCAUGCGAUGUACGUCGGGCUCACGAGUUCACCCCCGGAUGAGGAGACGGUUGAGGCAAUUAGCCGAGACUUGAGCCGCACUUUUCCGACGCACUGCCUUUUUGUUGGCGCGGGGUCAGUGGGCCAGGAGGAGCUGCGUCGCGUUCUCUCUGCGUACAGUCGUUUUGACCCGGCCGUGGGGUAUUGCCAAGGCAUGGCCUUCAUCGUGGCGCUGCUGUUGCUUCACGCGCCGGAGGAGGAGGCGUUUGGGAUGCUGCUGCAUCUCUCAUACUCACCGGCGUUCCAGAUGCGGGAGGUGUUUCUCCCCGGGCUUCCGCGACUGCGGCUCUUCCUGGCAGUGCUCCGCCGCCUAAUUGAGCGUCUACUGCCGGCGCUGCACCGCCGUUUUGUCGAGAUUGGCUUAGAUGUCUUUUUCUUCGCCCCGCAGUGGUUUCUCACCCUCUACACGUACCAAUUUCCCCUCGACUUUGUAUGUCGCCUGUGGGAUCUCUUCUUCGUGGAUGGCUGGAGGGUGAUGUUUCAGGCCGCCAUUGCCACCCUGCACUGGGAGCAGGAACAGCUGCUUUCGCUUGACAUGGAGGCGGCACUGCUGUGGAUUAAGGAGUGUCACGAGGGAAAAUCAGCGGAGGAGAUGGUGCGCCGCACCCGCAACGUCCCCCUCUCAGAGGCAGAGUUUCGCUCUGUGCUUCGCGCCGAGGAAGAUGCGGCGGCUGCGCGCGUUGGCUUCGGCGAAUGA